AGACAAGCAGGAAUUUCCAGUAACGAAGGUCAUCGUCGCGGAAGGAAGAGAAGAUAUCACGAUCAAGAUCAGCGACGAGGGCGGCGGAAUCCCACGAAGCGCCAUCCCGCUAGUGUGGACGUACAUGUACACGACUGUAGACCGGACCCCUAACUUGGACCCUGACUUUGAUAAGAGCGAUUUCAAGGCGCCGAUGGCAGGCUUUGGCUACGGACUGCCGAUCUCGAGACUUUACGCUCGGUAUUUUGGUGGCGAUUUGAAACUGAUCAGCAUGGAAGGGUACGGAACGGAUGUGUAUCUACACCUCAACCGCUUGUCGAGCUCUUCGGAGCCGCUACAAUAGCAAUCAGCAGUCAUGAGGGAGUGGACUUCGUCCCAAGGAUUGACGUUGCCGCACAUGAGAACGAUGCAGAAACGGCUCAAAUUUUUCGAAGUCUCGGAGCGUAAGCAGGUCGGCGACGCGGAAUCUAUGAUCAGCCAGGAGGGCGGCCGCUUUUCUCACAUGGAUGACGAGAAAGCAGAGCUAUGAUCAUUUAUUUGUAUGACUUAAGACUACCCCCCCGGAUCUCGGAUCGAUGCGUGUUGUGUUGCUCGCCCGAGACGGGACGGAUAUAAGGUAAGAAGGGAGAGAUUCAAGGGUCAAAUCAGGGGACACAUAAUAGGCAAAAAA